AUGUAUUGGCAUAGAAACAGUCACAGAGUAGACAAAAGUUACAGAAAGCAAAAAGGUUCAUCGAAACGAGUUAAGAUUUUCCCAAACACCACAUCAAUGGAGAAUUCACCUAUCACGUUAAGCUUUAAAGGUUUAAUAAAGAAUCAUGAAUUUAUAAAAAUUAUAAUUCAAUGCUUAUACUCGUUUGGAUACAAGUCUACUUCUUAUUUGGAAUUAGAGUCCAGUAUUCUAUUCAAUUUUGUAGAUUUUGAUUGGGAUAGUUGUAUUGAUACCGUGAACAGAAUUAAGGAUUUGCAUGAUGAUACACAAUCCUCAAUUUUUUUUCUUGUGUUUAAGUAGUGUUUUAUGGAGUAUUUGAAUUAUGGUGAUGAUUCACGAAUUGCUUUGUCAGUUUUUUAGAAAUAGGUUCCCACAUUACACAUGAGCAAAGAGAAGAUUCACGAAUUGGCUUAUAAUAUACUUUCAUUGAAAGAGAUGGAGUUGGGUAAGCUAAAUGAGGAUGUUAUCAGUGAAUUUCGAAAAAAGUUAGUGAUAGAACUAGAGAAAUAGCUUCCUCCACCAAUUAUAUUGCUCGAGAGAUAGUUAGAAUAUUUAGUUGAAAUUAGUAUAACAACCCAAAUUGAUUCAUGUAUAUAUCACUAUUCAGAGGAUCUAGUCUCACUUUAUGAGGAUUAUUGUUGUGACGGAGAUCAUAUACCUACAAAAAUAGUUCAGAUUUUGACUGGCCACAACAAUGGUUGGUUUAUACAAUUUUCUAAUAAUGGGGAGUACUUAGCCUCUUCGUCAAGUGACUACACGGCUAUCAUAUGGAAGGUUAUGGAUAAUGGUAAGUUGACAAAGAAACACAUUCUUAGAAGCCAUCAGAACUUUGUAUCUUUUUUGGAUUGGAGCUUUAACGACUAGGAGUGUGCGACGGUCGGAAACAUGAAAGUUCUUAAGUUGUGGGAUGUAGAAAUAGGUACUUGCAAGCAUACAUUUGGGGAUCAUGGCUUCACUAUCAGCUCAUGUGCUUGGUUUCUUGACUCAAAGUGACUUGUUUGUGGUAGUUUUGACCUAGAAAAGGGUAUUUGCAUGUGGGAUUGUGAUAGGGAUGAGAUGAAAGCAUGGAAUGGCAUGAGGAUGCCCAAGGUUUUAGAUCUUGUUGUUAUGUCAGAUGGGGAAAAUCUUAUCAGCAUAUUCUUCAACAAAGAAAUUCGGAUAUUAAAUUUAUGGACAAAUGUCGAGCAAGUAAUCUUAGAGGAGCAUUCAAUCACAUCUCUUUUAGUUUCCAUAGACAGUAAGCUCUUUAUUGUCAACCUACAUAGCCAAGAAAUUCAUUUGAGGGAUGUUGCUAGAAAGUGGGAAAAACCUUUAAAGUAUACAGGCCAUAAGCCAAACAAGUAUGCCAUACGAUCUUACUUUGGUGGGUUGAAUAGUAUGUUUAUUGCCAGUGGCCGUGAGAAUUCAGAAGUAUACAUCUAGAAUCGAAGAAGCUCUAAACCAAUUAAGGUAUUGUCUGAUCAUUCAAUGAUUAUGAAUAGUGUCAAUUCAAAGGCCUCUAAUAUUGGCAUCAACAAGUGA